AUGUUGGUAUGCAUCUUUUCAGAGCUCAUCAACGUGGCAGGGGCGUUCAACUGGGUACCCAUCAAGCUCGGAUGGAACAACAACUUCAGCCCAUGCCUAUCCAUGUCGCUCAACAGAACUUCCCCCGGCUGGGCUCCAACUAGCUUCAUCGACUUCCUCCCCGACUUCAUUACUGCCAAGGCGCCCACGGUCCAACGGUGCUUGGAGAACAUGGAAGAUGAGCUCGCAGAACGCAUGGUGCAGGAUUGUGAGCUCAACAACUUCAGCCGCGAUAGCGAGAUCUACAGGAACUUGAAGGAUACGACCGCAGUGAAAUGUCCGGAUUCAUAG